UACAUUGAAACUUGUAAUGGCAAAUUAUGCUAUUCGAGAACGAUUCAAUUUCAAAACUGAGAGAUCAAAUGCUAUAAGCUAUACAGUUGUAUGUAUGUCGCCUGAAUGUGAAUGGAAAUUACGAGCGUCAAGUGUUGGAAAAUCUGAACUGUUCAGAGUUAGGUAUUUCCAUGACGAACAUACAUGCCCUUUGAAGGACAAGGUAUAUUCACAGAGGCAAGCAACAAGUUGGUUUAUUGGUGAAUCGGUUGUUAAGCCGAAAAUAACGAACCACAAGAGGAAAGUUAGCCCAGGUGAUAUAAUGGACGACGUAAAAAAUGAAUUCGGCGUAGAUGUUUCUUACAUGCUAGCCUGGAGAGCUAGAGAAAAAGCUAUGAAUGAUUUGCGGGGGGAUCCUGCUGCUUCAUACAAUAAAUUGCCGGCAUAUGUCUAUAUCCUAGAUAAAACAUAUCCUGGAUCACAUGUUAAAAUGCAUAAAUCAUGUGAAAAUGAGUUCCUGUAUUUCUUUGUUGCACUCAAAGCAUUCAUAAAGGGAUUCGAGUGUUGUAGACCAAUAGUGGUAGUUGAUGGUGCACACCUUAAAAGCACGUAUAAUGGUACAUUUGUAUCCGCAAGUACUUUGGAUGGUGCAGGUAAUAUUCUACCACUGGCAUAUGGUUUGAUAGAUUCGGAAAAUGAUAAGUCCUGGACUUGGUUCUUUGAGCAGUUCAAGCUAGCUUAUGGUAUUAGGGAUAACAUGUGUGUCGUGUCCGACAGACACGAAAGCAUAAUCAAAGCGGUGUAUCGGGUGUAUCCUACUGUUCCUCAUCUGGCCUGCAUAUGGCAUUUGUGGAAAAAUGUGACUAAGAAAUACAAGUCGAAUGAUGAAGUAUUGAGUCCUGUGUUUUAUUCACUUGCCAAAGCAUACACACAGGAUGAGUUCGAUAAACUGAUGCAAAAGAUUGAGAAUGUUGAUAUACGGGUAAAGGAAUAUUUGGAUGAUGCUGGAAGGGAGAAAUGGUCUCGGCUAUAUUCACCUGUUAACAGAGGUUGGACGAUGACUUCAAAUAUAGCGGAAUGUAUUAACGGAAAACUAGUAGCGGCUAGAGAAUUGCCUGUUUUUGAUUUCCUUGAAGAAGUUAGGAGGAUGUUUGGCAGAUGGAAUUGCACAAAUAGGAAAAAUGGUACAUACACAUUCUCAACACUUUCUAGACGAUACCAAGAAAUGCUUUCAAUGAAUGAGUAUAAAUCGUUACGCAUGAGGGUUGAGGCAUCAACUGAAUAUGUUUAUACAGUUAAUGAUGGACCGCGGCGUUUCAUAAUUGAUUUGAAAAGGAAAACUUGUAGUUGCCGGAUGUUCCAAAUGGACGAAAUACCAUGUUCACAUGCCUGGGCUGUCUUAAAGAGUAAAAAUCUAACGGCUGAUGCAUAUUGCUCAGAAUUAUUCAAGCCAAAUACAGUGGUGAAUACGUAUGAUGUGCCGAUUGAUCCACUUCCCGACGACAGUGAGUGGAAUGUGCCAACACACAUAUUGGAGGAGGUUGUUCUUCCACCGAGAUACAAGAGACCUCCUGGUAGGCCAAAAAAGAAGAGGGAUAAGCCAUUAAUGGAGCUGAUGAUUGGUAAACGUAGGAACGCUUGUAGUACAUGUGGACGUCUUGGUCAUAACAGGCGUUCGUGUGGUAAUGAGCCACUUAAGAAGAAGAAAUAA